AUGGACAUUACACUGGACUUGGAGCAGACAAAAAAAGCUGCAAUUGCACUGUUAGACCAUGUGCAUAAAGCGCAGGAACAAGAAAAGCAAUUGAUCAUUGAUCGAAAAUAUGUAUGGCUCAUCGUUGCAACACAUACGUUUUCAGAGGAUGCGGUAGCGAGGCCCGCCAGAAUACCUUUGAAACACCCGAUCUAUGAAGCUGACGCUGAAAUUUGUUUGUUUACAAAAGACCCUCAAUCUCAAUACAAAAAACUGCUCAAGGAAAAGGAAGUUACAAAGAUAGAUAAGGUUAUUGGACUAAAGAAAUUGCGUAAAAAAUUUGCUUCACCCGAAAAGAAACGAAAACUAUGCGAUGGCUAUGAAUUGUUCUUGGCUGAUGAUAAAAUCAUAGUAUCUCUUCCAAAGCUGUUAGGGAAAUAUUUCUUCAAGCGGAAGAAGCAACCGAUUUCUGUUCGGAUGGGGGUGAAGGAUCUUAAAGCAGAAAUUGACAAAGCGUGUACGUCUACUUACAUGCAUAUCAGUCCAGGAACAUGUUUUGCUGUGAAAGUAGCAACAACAGAAAUGAUACCAGAACAAGUAACUGACAACUUGGAAAUAGCAGUCCCAUGUAUUAUAGCAAAGAUACCGGGAGAAUGGCAAAAUGACUCACCAAAACACGUUCUUAUUAUUAUGGACGAAAUUUGGUCGGAAUUUCAAAAAGCCCAAAAUGAAGUGCUGGAAAUAGGAAAAGAAAUCAAACAGAAAUUAAAAUCCAUGUCACAAUUAUCAUCAGGCUCGCUUACGCAAAACAGUGCAAACGCCUCUAGAUCAUUAGAUGAGCUAGAGAAGGACUAUCAUAAGAAAUAUCUGUACAUGACGCAAACUUCCCAAAAAUAUGAUAUAUUGACUUGCAUAAAAAAUGCUAAUGGUGAAGAUUCUUCUUUCGUAAAUGAUUUAUUGAAAAAUCAUAUCACUAAAACGAAAGAUGGUGACCAGAAAAAGUCAGUUAACGACUAUGUAACGCGCAUGAGCAACAUGAUGCUCGAACUCCCAUUUGUGAUUGAACAUGCAUAUCAGAAAAACGGUCAACGGUCUCUGGUCUUGCAGUGGUACUCGGAAUUAACAAAAUGUCAGGAUGUUCAAAAAGGGAAUGCGACCCAGUCAGUACAAGAUAUCCUGACUAUUGAUAGAAUAGCCUAUGACAUUAAAUAUACACAAAACAAUGAUUUGGAGAUACUCGCAUUCAGUACGCGAAGACGCGGACAUUCUAUUCGCACCAAGAUCACUGGAAAUUCCAACUUUGAGACAUGUGCUAUUAGUUUUGACUAUCAUUUAUCAAACUCGUAUAGCAUGUUCCAACAAAUCUACAAGGCUGAAGAUGGAAAGGGUUUAAACUUAAUAGAAUUUAUCAUUCAUGAAAUUUGGAAUGAAAUGGAUAAAGAAUUUAUACGAGUUGAACAGUAA